AUGGCGAAGGGUCUGCGCUCCGUCUGGCCAAUCAACGACAGAGGGAGAGAGACCAGAUGCUUAGAAACGCUAAACUAUAGUCUGCGGGUUCCCCAGCCAGAGCAAAGCCAGAGCAAAUGGAAGAAUAACUUGCACAAGAGAGUGGUAUGUGCAUCGGCUCUCUACACCGCGCACGUCACGAAAGGAGGCGCCUUUCUUCCCACAGAGUUUCAGAUGCGAAGGCAGGAGCUGGAGGAGCUUUUCACUGUUUGGCAGGCAAAGCUUCUUCACCCCCUUGAUAGAUCUCGGUGGACAAAUGUCUUGAACACGACGGUGGCAUCACUUCUGUCAGCACAACCACUUCAAUGUCUGACAAAGAGUGGACGGCUCGCGGUUAUGAUGUGUAUCGUGGGGAGUGGACGGGCAGGCCUGUUCUCGCCAGCUGUUCUCGCAGUUCUGGCGUGCGACUGGGUUGAUGACUACGGGUCCUUCAAGCUCCUGCAGGUGGAAGCCUUGGGCUAA